AAUAAGAGUGUCAGUCUUACCCUCUCUGGCUCUCAUUUCUCUGUCAUCCUCUCUCCGGUGUGAGUCUUGAGACAUCAUCGGUGAAAUAAGGAGCCACUCAAAUUAUAGAAGGGAUAUUGCAACUUUAGGUCACAAACUACAAAAAUGCAAGCAUUCAGGUCUCUCAUUAUCCCCAAGUGGUCUUCAGAUGUGUGUCUAGAAGGGAAGACAGCUAUAGUAACGGGGGCCAACACUGGAAUAGGCAAAGAGACAGCUAAAGACUUGGCUGGUCGAGGUGCAAGGGUGAUUUUGGCAUGCAGAGACAUGGCAAAGGGAGAGCAAGCUGCUCGUGACAUCAUGCGGGAGGUGAAGGGAGCCAAGGUAGUCGCCAGGCAACUGGAUCUGGCUGACACCAAAUCAAUAUGCCUGUUUGCCGAGAAUAUCUACAACACUGAGAAGGCUCUUCACUACCUGAUUAACAAUGCAGGUGUGGCUAUUUGCCCUUACAGCAUUACAGUGGAUGGAUAUGAGAUGCAGUUUGGAGUCAAUCACUUGGGUCACUUCUUCCUGACCUUUCUGUUACUGGACUUGCUAAAGCACUCUGCCCCAUCCCGGGUCAUCAACGUCUCGUCGGCAGCUCACGCCAUGGGCAAGAUCCAGUUUGAUGACCUGAACGGUGAAAAAGACUACCACCCUGUCAGGGCCUACGCACAGAGCAAGCUGGCCAACGUCCUUUUCACCAGAGAGCUGGCCAAAAGGACUGAGGUUCUAGGUGUGACGGCUUACUCUGUGGAUCCUGGCAUAGUGAACACUGAAAUAACAAGGCACAUGAGGCGCCCUCUUGCGGACAUAGCCAAGGCCUUCAGUUUUCUGAUCAAGACCCCAGCAGAGGGAGCCUAUACCAACAUCUACUGCACCGUCACUCCUGAGAACCAGCUGCUCACCGGGGGAUACUACAAAGACUGUGCCUGUGCAGAGAGCUCCUGGGCAGGUCAGGACGAUGGCACCGCCUUAAAGCUGUGGGCCGUGAGCUGCCACCUACUAGGCAUCCGCUGGAGAUAAGCUCUCAGACUUAAAUGGGCUCUCCCACAUACUAUGAAGCAAUAGUUAUGAGCACUUACAAAUAUUAUGCUGAUGCUAGGUUAACUGUAUGGAGAAAGUGUCAAGUAUGGGAUUGAAAAAUUGUGUAAGUAGGUGAACAGGAUAUAAAUACAAGCAUAAUAUACUUACUGUAAAAACAAAGUUUAUGAAGGAUGACAUGCAAAUAGGUUGGAGAAAGAAAUGAUAAUAAAUGCAGCUUAUAAUAAAUAUGACUGAUAUUAACUGCUGAUCUCGUUUUUGAGUCACUGAAUAAUUAAAAGCUCCAGUGUUGUGUCAA